GCCCAGUGAAGUAAGUGCCCAAGGCAUCCUGGGAUGACUUUUAUACACUGAGACCGGAGUGAAGAAGCAUCCCAGUUAAGGAUAAACCACCAGACACACUCCACCAUCGAAUAGGCAGACAGACAGUGGAAGAUGAUGGAUAACACAACAAAGCAGAGGAUGUUGCAAGCUAAGGCUCUGUCUAAGGAAGUCAGAGGAGAGCAUCUCAACCUGGGGAAGAAGAUCAGUGUUCCAAAAGAUGUGAUGAUGGAAGAGCUCAACCUCCCUUCUAAUCGAGGCUCUCGCAUGUUUCAAGAGAGACAGAGGAGGGUUGAGAAGUUCACACUGGAGAACUCUGGAAAUGUCACUUAUAUCAACAAUGCUCAUCCUGAGGCCAUUCCUCCUCCACUGAUCUCAUCAGAGCCACAGAGAGGAAAAGAGAACCAGGCUUUCCUCAUCCCUGGUAAGCAUAGCCUGGUCAUGAACCUUCAGAAGACUAUAGCAAAGAAGGGCCACCCUGACGUCCUUGCUCCAGGAUACUCUGGCCCUCUGAAGGAAAUUCCUCAUGAAAAGUUCAACACAACAGUAAUCCCUAAAUCCUACUGCUCCCCUUGGAGGGAAGCUUUGGGUGGCAAUGAAGAUCUGAAUACCCCGAGUACCCAGCUGCCCCAGCUCCCCCAGGACCCACAGCCUGCCAGUUACAGGUGCUUCAACAGAUCUGCCAUGCCAUUUGGAGGAAUGAUGGCCAGCAAGAGGGUGAUCCCAGUGAUUGGCUUUGAACCUGUGGAACAGCAGAACCUGCCUGGUAUCGCUCUGGAUCGCAUGUGUAGACGGCCCAACUUUAACAGAGCACCCAAGGGAUGGGGCAUUAAUUACAAUCCUGAAUCUAAUGAACUAUGAAAAGUGCUAAUAAGCUUAAGACUGAAGCACUGCCCUAUUCUUGCACCUCACCACCCACAAAGAUGACCCCCUCUUUCAGUGGGCACAGGGAGGGGGAAAGCACUCCUGCAUGAUAAAAUAAAAAGUGGCUACGGCUCAGUGGUUUGACCAGGUGGGGCCACUUCAGAUUCUCCACUCACCACACACUUCACAAACAC